CAUUAAAUUUUAAAAAACCUUAACACAUGAACACAUGUCUUCAGACUAGUAUAUAGUGAUCUGUGAACACAUGGUUGGGUUUGAACAAAGAGUAUAUAAACACUACGUUAUAGGUUUGAAUUGGUGAUUUUUAUUUAAAAUUAAACCUAGUGUUUUGAAGUUUUUCGCUCUUUCCUAAAUUAGUUAAAAAUCUAUUUACAAGUAGAAGGUUUCAAAAUGGAAAUGGAUAUUUCAAAAAGUGAAUACUUUUCGAGUUAUGAAGAUCUAGAGAUUCAUAGGCUUAUGUUGGAAGAUGACCCUAGAACCGAUACGUACCGUCGUGCUAUCUUAGAAAAUAAAGGUUACUUUAAAAACAAGGUGGUAAUGGAUGUCGGCUGUGGCACUGGUAUUCUCUCAAUAUUUUGUGCUCAAGCCGGUGCUAAAAAAGUAUUCGCAAUCGAAGCAAGCAAUUUGGCAAAUCUAGCUAAAGAAAUAGUUAAAGAGAAUAAUUUUGAAGAUGUGAUAGAGGUUAUUCAUAGUAAAGUAGAAAGAGUAACCUUGCCUGGUGGCAUCAAGGUAGAUGCUAUUGUAUCAGAAUGGAUGGGGUUUUACCUGCUUCACGAGGGGAUGCUAGACUCUGUGCUUGUGGCGAGAGACAAAUUCCUCAAGGAUGAUGGUCUCUUGUUUCCACAGAGUGCCAUGAUUUAUGUUGCUCCAUGUAGUGUACCACAGCUGUAUGAUAAAUGGAAAAAUUUCCAUGGUGUAUCAUUGACAUCAUUUUCCAAACAUCUUAGAGCCAGCAAAAGUAGUAAGCCAGAAAUCAUGGAAAUUUCACCAGAUGACCUGCUUGGUGAAGAAGAGGUGCUGGCUUGGAUUAACUUGAAAGAUCCUGAUUUAGAAUUGGGUGGUUUCCGCAUUGAACAUGUUGUAGGUGCUAGGAAAAAUGGCCAGUAUCAAGGACUUUGCAUAUGGUUUGAUUGUGAUUUCCCAAUUCUCUCGACUGGAGAUGAAAUAGUACUGAGCACAGCACCUAAAGCUAAGCCAACACAUUGGAAGCAAACAGUUAUAUUGCUACCAGAAGAGCAGAAUGUUGAGGAACUAGAGCCUAUAGCUUUUAAACUUGAUAUGAAUAGAGAUAUAAAUAACCCUAGAAGAUACAAUCUAGAACUGACCUUACAAGACCCUGAGAAAGUAGAGCACCCAGCGCCCUGUAGCUGUGAUAUGACCAAGUGUAUUCUAUUCAAGGCUGUUCUGCAGGACCAAGCUGAUCGUGUUAAGAGACAAAAAAUACAAAACGAGAAAAUUGAUGACAAUGAAUAAAGACUGUUUUCUUUUUCUGGAAAAUUCUUCUGUUUUAACUUGUAAAUAAUGUACCAUAAAGUGAUUAAACCGUUUUUGUUACUUUACGACUAAGUAUGUGAGACAACUGACAUAACGUGAACAAAGUGUUUUCUACUCAAUUAUUUUUAACAUCGAGCUGUACAUAUCAUGAAGCAAAAUAAUAUAAUUUAAGACUAGAAAAUUAUUGAUUAAGAAUAAAAGACUUUGAUUUUC